AGUUUUACUCUACUGAUGACCAGUCAUUGCGAUAGUAAUCCUGCUCAGUACGAGAGGAACUGCAGGUUCGGACAUUUGGUUCACGCACUAGGUCGAGCGGCCGGUGGUGCGAAGCUACCAUCCGUGGGAUUAUGCCUGAAUGCCUCUAAGGCCGUAUCCUCUCUAGUCAAAGGAGGCAAUGAUAUUUCUAGGAGUCUCGUGAGUCGAAAGCCUCAAAAUAAUGUGACACUACUAGGCGACCGGUCCACGGGCCGGUCGUCGCACGAGCCCGGUUUGCCGCACGGCUCCAUCGUUCGUUGUCGGGAUCUCACCGUACGACGGCACGGGGCAUAGCAGUCGAUCAUGGGU